AAAUUCAAUACUCUUCUCAGCUUUUGAUGGAAGGAGAAAUAAAGGGGAAGGCAAUGGAGGGUGAACAACUUUCUGAUUUCUCUUCCUUACCUGAAGGAGUCGUAGCUAAAAUCUUGUCGCUCACCACUCCACCGGAUGCCUGCGUAUCGUCGGCCGUUUCCAAGAUUUUCCAUGCGGCGGCUCAAUCAGACAUUGUGUGGAACCAAUUCCUGCCCACCGAUUGGGAACUUUUUAUUUCUCGCAGUAACCCUAACAAACUUAAAUUUGACCCAAUUUUCAGUCCGAAGAAGGAUAUCUUUUUCUCCCUUUGCUACUUCCCAGUGCUAAUUGAUGACGGCAACAAGAGCUUUUCGUUGGAAAAAUGGAGUGGUAAGAAAUGCAUAAUGGUUGGAGCAAGGGAUCUCUCGAUCACUUGGGGUGAAAACUCUGACUCGUCCUGGGAAGACCAUCCUGAUUCGAGGUUUGCAGAGGUAGCUGUGCUCCUCUUUGAGUGGUGGUUUGAAAUACGCGGAAGAUUAAGUUGCAGAAUGUUGUCUCCUAAAACAGUUUAUGCAGCUUACUUUUUGUUCAAGUUAGGGGAAAGGAGUUACUCUGGGUUCAAUAUUGAUCCUACUAAUGCAACUGUGGGUAUUAUUGGCCAUGAAAACCAUCCAAAAAGUGUUUGUUUGGACCCUUAUGUGGACCAACCUCUUUAUUUGGACCAACUUAUUCAGUGGCCUCAGUGGCCUCAGUGGCGGCGUCAGUUUGAACGACGCAUGGCAGGGUUGGAGCGACCACAUAAGAGACACGAUGGCUGGUUUGAAAUUGAAUUGGGAGAGUUUAUAGGUGGUGACCAUGGAGACGAUGAACUUGAGAUGGCCCUUAAGGAGGUAAAAGGCUCUUCUUCCAAGGGUGGCCUCGUCGUGGAGGGAAUUGAGAUUAGGCCUAAAAAACUCAGCCGCCUUCAUGCAUAGGUAGAUAUUACAGCCACGAAAUUGUUUAUAUAGUUUUAAAAGUUUGGGUCCAUAAAAUAUUAUUUUCAUAAUAUUGUUGCAUAAAAUAAUAGGCAAAGAAAAAACGUCGUUAGAAAAUCAUAAAAGGAUUAUUUAUCUUUUCAUAUGCAAAGUUGAGUUAUUUUUUCAAUUAAAGUGUAUCUCUGAUUAAUUGAAAACCAAUAGUAUCUUGAUAACAAAAGUAAGUUCUUGAUGGUUUGAAAA